GGGAAGAGAGAAAAAAAGGUUUAAUUAAAAGUUUUUUUUUUCAGUUUUAUUAUUAUUACUUACUUACACGCGCAGCGAAGCAGCCAGCGAACGAAAGAGGCGAAGCCUUCGCGUCGCCGCUCGCCGCCACCUCGUCUUCCGCUGCGAGAUCUCGCGCGAGCGCCGCCAUCGGAGGAGGAGGCGCGUCGGCAGGGUUUGUGGCGGCGGCAGCGGCGGCCGGGGAUCCGGGCGGCGAUGGCGAGCAGGCUCAAGGAGGACGAGAGGAACGAGCGGAUCAUACGCGGGCUGCUCAAGCUGCCCGCCAACAAGAGGUGCAUCAACUGCAACAAUUUGGGACCACAAUAUGUCUGUACAAAUUUCUGGACCUUCAUUUGUACCAAUUGCAGUGGAGCACACCGAGAGUUCACGCAUCGAGCGAAGUCAGUUUCUAUGGCUAAAUUUACUGCACAGGAAGUUAGUGCCCUUCAAGAAGGAGGAAAUGAGCGUGCUAGAGAAAUAUUCUUCAAGGAAUGGGAUGCUCACCGCAAUUCUUUCCCUGACAGCAGUAAUGCGGAUAAAUUGAGGAACUUUAUUAAGCAUGUUUAUGUGGAACGGAGAUACACAGGAGAAAGAAGUGCAGAUCGGCCACCGAGGGGAAAGGAUGAUAAGGAUGAGUAUAGUGAAAACAGGAGAUCUGAUGGAAAUUGGGGUGGUUCAAGAAGUCCGCCAUACAAUGAAAGCUAUUCUGAUCGUCGCAGUUAUAGUGGAAGGAGCGAUGACAGAAAUUCCAGAUAUUCCUAUGGAGAACGAAGUCCUGGCUAUGAACAUAAUGAUUAUAAGAAAAGCCCCCGCUACUUUGAAGUUGAUGAUAGAAAUCGUGAGGAUAGAUCUGGAAAAACAACUCCAGUUCAACGGUUUGAGGACCGCAGGCCUUCUGAACCACAGAGGCCAGAUAAUGGGUCUCCAAAUUACCAGAAGGAAACCGAUGGAUCUAGCCCUGUUGUACGGCCAGUGAGGGAUAUACUGGGUGAUAAUGCACCUCAACUACGGGUUGGUGAGCCUCCUAAGCCAAAUGUAGCGAGAACGAUUGAUCCUCCGAGACCAAUCGAUCCUCCAAGACCGAUUGAUCCUCCAAGACCGAUUGAUCCUCCAAGGCCAAUUGAUCCUCCAAGACCAAAUGGAACCAGAACCAUCGAACCUCCACCACAGAUGCAGAGGACAUCAACUGCCAGCAGUAUUGGUUCUUCAGAGGGGACCUCCGAACAGAUAAAAGUGGCAAGUACGAUAAGUUUAAUUGAUUUCAGUGCUGAUCCUGAGCCUUCUGCAUCUGUGCCACCUCCACAAUCUACACCUACAUCACAACAGCAGCCUGCUAGUGCACAGCCAGUGCAACCUGUUAAUGCACCAGCACAACAGCCUGCUGUGGAACAAGGGAAAAAUGUGUCAUCAGUGAGCAGUGGUGGUGGUGACUGGGCAUCGUUUGAUUCUUUCGGCCAGCAACAAACACCACAAACUGGCAAUAGUGUAGAUCCCCUUGAGUCUGCACUUGCUCAACUAUCAUUUUCUGAAACACCCUCUGCACCCAAUUCAUCAGCUUUUCCAGCUUCGGUCAUGCCCACUUCAGUUCCAAAUGAUGGAGGGUCAUCCAUGAUGGGGCAGUCACAUUCUUCAUUUUUUGGUGCACCCCCUGGAGUCUCAGGUCACCAGGCCUCAACAGGAAUGUCUAUCCAUGGAUCUUCAGUUCAACAAACUGGUCUAGCUGCUCCGGCAGCUGGACUUCCGUUCCAGGUCUCUGCGAAUUCCCGAGCAACUAGUGGCAUUCAAGAAGCAGCACCUAAUACUGACAGUAGAUCCAUUGGCCGGAAAGAACUUCCAGCGGAUAUCUUUACUUCGUUAUAUCCACCAGGACCUCAAACAAUAGGGGGUUGGCAGAGAACACCCCAAUUUGGAAUGGGAUAUGCCAUGCCAUAUCAGACUGCAAUGGGAAUGCAAGCAUAUCCUCAGAUGGCAUUUGCUCAACCUGCAUAUCAACAACCUGUAUAUCCGCAACAGCAACAUGCAUACCCCCAACCUGCGAAAGCAUCAAAUCCUUUUGAUCUUGGGAAUGAGCCAGCUCCAGUUCAAGCUCACACGCAGCAGCCCCUACCUGGACCACUGGGAGCAUCUGCUGGCAUGACUCCCCCAGGUUUACUUGGUACCUCGAGUUUUGGAGUCCUUCCACAGCAACCUCAGCAGCUGUACCAGUCACCUGCACCUCCAAAUCAUUACAUGAUGCAGCAAGUUCCAAACAUGUCUGAGCAGUUACCUAAUACCAUGCUUCCAAUGCAACAAGGAGGUUUGGGUUCCCUCAACAUGGGCUUUGAUCAACAAGCUGCUCCCAGGUACCCCCAGCCAAGCACCCCACCUUCCUAUGGCUCUGUUGGGGGAAAUCCUUUUGGGUAAGGUCAUUAUACAAUCGACGUGCGAUAUUAUCUGCUCUUUUGGAGUUCUUGUGCAUCAUCGGACAAAGGGUUUGCAGUGCCCAGCGGGAUCAGGAACCAUACUAGCCCUCGAGAGAAUUUGUUAAUUCAUACUACUGGUUGUGUAUUUAUCCGCUGUAGUUGGUUGUACAACUCGUUUCCACAAGGACAAUGGUCGAGCGUAACUGCGUCUGAGCAUAAGCUCCACCCUUCGGAGUUCUUGAUGCGCAUUCCAAUAGUGUUUGUAUAUUUGUGUUUGAUGCGGUUGCAACAUGUAUAUUUGGGAAGGAUGAGGCCUCGGGGCCUCGAAUGGUUUUUUGACUUUCUUUUCGGAUUCUCCAUGGACCAUGUGCAAAUCAUGUAUUCUUAUUGGCCCAGGUUGUUUAUUUACCCCCAGUGCAGUUGGCUAUUAAAAUUUAUGUGGAUGGUAAUACCGGAUUAUGGUUGAUAUGUAUAAUUGUGUAAGGUCCAUUUUUGGAAUGUUGUAUGAUACUCAGGACAAAACGAAACUUCUAAGUUGUUUUCACCA